UACUGGCUUAUGCAUCUCUGCAAGUUACGGAAGAAAUGUCUGCUAGAUUUACCAAAAAUACAUUGUGUUAGUUGUGUUAUUAGUAUUCAGCAAAAAAUCCAGGACCAGAAUAACUUGAUUACCAUGCAACGUGCUUGCUCAUUUUUGCUCUUCCGAAGAGUACCUUUCCCUUUUCAUUAUCGAAUGGGAUCUUUUCAGCCGUUGUUACGUCAUGAAGGAAUAUGUGUCCCAAAUUCACAUUUACACGUACCUUGCUGUCGAUAUGCUGCUGAUUCAGAUAAAGGAAUUCUACAACGGUUUAAAAUAUAUGUGGGACUUGGCAAAUUGUCAAAAAGUAUAUCAAGGUCUGUUGGUUAUAAGCUGUAUGAGUCGCUGGAAGAGCAUGUCAAUCACAAUGUUUUCUUUAAAUACUUGAAAAUGGAAGAUACUUUCCAUUCCUGGUUUAUAGUGAGAGGCCUACAUGUAUGGAUGUUAAUGGUUCGACUGAUGAAUGAAGGAGACAAUGGAAGACUUGUGCGAAAUGCUCUUGUAGAAGCCAUGUGGGAGGAUGUUGAAUUCAAAAGCAAACAGAUUGGAGAGACGGCUGCAAGUGUGCGAAGAAAACAGGUUCAAGUUCUGGUUGAUGAAUUUCAGGCAAGCUUGUUUGCUUAUGAUGAAGGCCUCUUAAGUAGUGAUCAAGUAUUAGCCGGUGCAAUUUGGCGAAAUUUAAUGCUCCAGCAAGAUUUCGAUCCGCGCCAUCUGGACAUCUUAGUCGAUUACGUAAGAGAAAAUAUCGCUAUCCUGGACAGAACCAAAUAUGAUGACAUAUAUCACAAUGGUAAAGUCAACUGGACAAAAAUUCGUCUUUAAAUAUAAUUUUUUAAUUUUGGUUUUUCAAACCAUAUGCACUGUAAAGUUUUUCCAAAAUGGAUUGCUUUAUAGAUGGCUCUGCAAAUGAAUUUUUCAUUGCAUUGAUAUU